GGCAGUGCUGUUGAAGUGGAUCGUCCGGAGUCCUUCCGUCCGAGCGUGGCGAUGGUAUGGUUCUCCUGGCAGUCACCUCAUGAUGUUUUCACAGCAGCUGAAUGCCAUGUCCGUCUCCGUCUUUAUGAGCAUGGCCCUGGGCUCUCCGUUUUACAACUGGUGGCUGAAGCUCAUGGGAGCCAAGAUCAGUUCAGAUGCAUUGAUUUUGACCCCUUUGGUGGGAGAUCAUGAUAUGCUCACGGUGGGCAAGGGCGCAUCGAUCGACAAGGAGGCACUACUGUCAAGCACCCGCUUGCUGCCUGCGAGCAAACCACAAGAUGCAGAGUUCUGCGUUUGCAACAGUCCCGUGGUGAUUGGAGCGGGCAGUACAGUGUCCCAUGCUUCGGCUGUGGUCGCAGCGGAGACAGGCAACUUCAGUGUCCUUGCACCGCUGUCAGCAGUUGGGCCUUCAGCACGUUUGCCAGCACAGACCUUGGCAGUAGGUCUUCCCCCACAAGCCUUCACUUGGUCCAAAGACGAGAAUUUGAUCAGACCAAGUGCUCGACCCAUUCCUCGCGACUUGCGCCCGCCCAUCAUUUUGCCGGCAUAUGUCAGCCGCGCCAUUGGCCGCAUGAAGGUCCAUGCUGCUGCAAAUGAUGGGCUUUGCGCGCCCCUUGUUACUGGUGCCUGUGGUUUCCUCGGCAGGCACUUGGUGGCGGCCUUGUUGACUUCUGGAGAGUGCAGCAAGAUUUUCUGUUUGGUUCGUGCAGCCGACCCACAAAGCGCUCAGCGGCGAGUUGAAGAGGCGCUGAGCAAAAUUGGCAUUGCUGCAUCUGAGAUCAUCGAGGCUGUUCCCGGAGAUCUGUCGCAGCGGAAUUUCGGGCGGUCCUUUGUGGAGGUGCAACGGAUGGCAGGUCGUGUCACGCACGUCUUUCAUUCGGCAGCGCGGGUGAACCUCACCGAGCCCUUUGAUAUGAUGCGAAAGGACAAUGUGGAUGCGACCGCGCACCUUUUGGAGUUCUGCUCCAUGGUGCGUUCAAAGCCGUUUCAUCACAUCUCCACCAUGGGAGUUUUAACGCCAGACAUGCUGGACAGACAUGGCUCUGUGCGUGAAAACGCGCCGUUGGGCGACAUCCGUUGCAUGCCUUUGUAUGGCACAGGGGACCAGGCCAAUGGCUAUCCGCAAAGCAAAUGGCUCGCAGAGAUGAUGGUCUUUGAGGCAGCACGACAGGGUCUUCCUGCAUUCGUUCAUCGUCCUGGACUCAUUGGUGGCAACUCAUUGACAGGAGCCUCUGCGGAAGAUGUGUUCUUCCAUUUCCUAUCUGACGUGCUGAAACUGCGGUGUUUGCCCGACAUGGAGGGCAACAAGUUCAAAUUGACGCCAGUUGACUGGGUGGCCAAGGCCAUCGUGGGCAUUGCUCUAAAAGAAGGCUACGCCAGCGGAAGCGUUUUCCAUCCCGCAGUGCCUGGCAACAGCAUCUCCAUUGCUGACUUGACGGAAGUCUUUCAACUCUUGGGGUACCGCAACUUGCAAAUCAUGGAUUUUGUCCAGUGGCGAGAGAUGAUCAUCGCAGAUCCAAUUCGCUUCAAAAGCUGGUCAUUUUGUGCAGCUCUUACUGUGGAGGGACAUGGUAUCGACUCGAUGGCCGACUGCACUGUUGGCGUGCAAGCGAUGAAAGAAGCGGUUGGAGAGGCGAUGUCUUGCAGAUGUUGCGGAUGUCAACCUGGAGAUGACAUUGGCAACUUCAAAGCCAUCGCGUGCUUGGAGCAGCAAAUCCGGUGGUGUGUGGCACAAGGCCUGCUUCCAGCACCUGAGUCAGGGACGUUGAGGAUGCCAGAUGAAGUCUGAAACGAAGUUUGAGAAUGUGAUGUAAAAAGUUAAAAGAUAAACGCUCGAAAAGAAC